AUGUCGUCAAUAUCGUCUUUCAUUUCCUCGUAUCGACCACAAUUAAAGGGCAAGGUCGCUAUCAAGUCGCCUUUUACUAAGCGCAGCAAGCUUGAUGGGCCCUCAACGUCGACGCCGCCUCCCAAUGGACAUCCCUCCAUCCCACCCGAAGAACCAGUGAUUGAGAUUGGCGAUUUUGGAGGACGACGCUCGGAGUCACUGGAUUUCUACGACUCGGCGCCAGCUUCUCUGAACUCGCCGGAGAGGCCUGUAUAUACCGACUCUACGCCUCCCCGAUUGUCGACUCGACUCCAGCUGCAGCUCGAUCUAAGCCCCGACACCGAGCCACUAUCGGACUGGUUCUCGACCAGCUUUCCUAGAGCGGAAGUCUCUCCAGAGGCGAGCAAGGAGAAGGCGCAGAAUGGGGAGAAGCGUUUGGAGUCCGCGAUUCAAGAGGAAUCCGAGGAGGACGACGAGCUGUUGACGGAAGGAGAGGCGUUGAGAGAGGGAAUGAAGCAUAUCUCUCAUCAGGAUGUUCUCGCAAGUCUAGAGGCAUUGGAGGCAAGUAAACUCAUAGCGCGCAUUCCUCCUACCAUCCUCAACCCGUCUACACAGGCCUCAGACUUUGGGAUGCUGUCGAAGGACAUGCUACCUUACCACUCCCAACCAAGUCCGCUCAAAAUACCUGAAGACAGGACGUCCGAGCCAGACGAUGACUUCGGAUUCAAUGGUGUAUCACGCCCAAUGUCCGGAUUGUCAUCUCCGCUGUCUUCUGCGAUUUCGGGGACGACGUUAGCCCGCCAGCUGAUGGCCAAUACUUAUGUCCUCUCUUCCGACAACAGGCGAUCGCGCUACAGGAGUUUUGGAGGCGGACUUACGCGCUCGGACUCGACAACGCUACCUCGGGGAGAACGUGGCGGCAUGAUUGAUUACUUCGAAGUCGAUCCGGAAGCACCUCCCAUUCCCACAAAUGCGGAGGAACUUUACAUCGCUCCCAAGACGCCCCGGACGCCUUUACCACCUACAGACUCGGCUAAGCCGUUGAGACGGAGAGGGAGUACUGGGAGCAUCGCGACUCGGUUGGACCAGGCUCCUAUUUCCCCGCCGACUCGACCCACCAGCGUCGUCCUUAGCCCUAGCGAUAUCAUUCCGCCCAUUCCUCUGCAAUCCCAACAACAACGACAACAGUCAUCGGCUCCGUCAGAUAGUCAAGAAGUCAACCGCAACAAUCAAGACAGGAAGCACAUACCGCCGGCGAUUGAUGUAGAGGCACCUGUGGCACAACCGCAGCCUAGCCCACGCCCUCUUUCUCAGACCUCUCCGUCUGGAAGCGAGCAAGCUUCACCCAGGCACCUGGAAGAUGUACUGGACUACUACUCGUUUUCAGAAAAUCCACCUGGAGGGACCGGUUAUGCUGGGUUUAGGCCUGUCUUCACCCCGAUUACUGAAGAGUCGAUGUCCCAACUGUCACCGCCGACACCUUACAGGAACGAACGACGUGACUCGCAUCGCAGCCAACUCAUCGGAGCUCGCAGUCCGUUGAGUAAAAACAGCAGUAGAAAACGAUCGUUGCCAACGACUUCGAGUAGCACAUCUUCCUCUCCACUUCCAACUAUACAUGAUAGACCGCACUCGGUGCAGUUUUCCGUCUCUUCAAUCGCGUCUUCCCCAAACCAUAGAUCGACGGUGUCUUUAUCGUCCGUCGAAAGCACGGAACUACUUCCGCCUCCUCCGCCUCUAACGACAAUAUUUGCCGGACGACAGCGGUCCGGAAGUGCGCCCAGUCCCAUUAAAGUGGUUCGGGAUCCCAAUGACCGCAACAAAUAUACUAUUGCAGUUGGUGACAACACUGACAGCUCUUUGAGCUCGCCGACGACGGCGGGGAGUGGAGUAGAUGCACAACAAACGUUCCCAGAAUCCGCCGUCAGCAAUGGUUGGUCCGCAGUGGUCGCUAGUCCCGGGCCUACAGCUCCAGACUCGGGGGUGAUGCCGAUGCCAGAUGUUCCUCAGUCUGCAGCAUUACCUAGUUUGGUUAAUGGGCAGCCGACUUUGGCACAGCAACUCCUGUUGACCCGAGCGCAGACAACGAGACACGAUCGGCAUUCACGGAAAGGAAGCUUCAGUGGAGUGCUACCCAAGAGGUCUGAAUCACCGCUCUCCACCCAGAAGAUCCCAGAAGAGGAGAACCCUGAAGCCGACAUUUCUGGUUCGACCAUUGUGGUUCCCCGGGACACGACAAGAGAACAUCCACCGCCUCUUCAUCCGCCACCCAAGCGCUCCUUACCGCCAUCACCAAUGGUUGACUCUCAUGCCAAUACGGUCUCUACCAGGUCGACUUCAUCACAGGAACGCCUCUUUCCCCCAUCCACGCCGAUCAUGAUGCAGCACAACCCUUCAGGGGCCUCCGUGAAUCGCUCUGCGAGCAUAUCGUCGGCUCGCGAUGGGUCUGAUGCUGUUUCCGUCCAAACUGAAGCCUCUACUGAGUCUGCAAGAAUGAGAAUCAAGUCUCUACCUCCGUUACCUCCCUCGUCUCCUCCCUCCAAUACUUCAUCCACAUCGGGCUCGCCCGCUCCAGGUGCCCGAGUACCACGACCGCGAGUCCCACCGUCCCUUCAGCUGACAUCCAAUUCUCUGACUGCUCAGAUGAGCGAAAUGGUGGUGCCUACUACUGGUACUAGUACCAGCUCGUCCAAUGGAGAACCAGAGUCCCGUCCCCCGCCCUCAAUACCGCAAGUACAGCUCCAUGGCCUGAGAGAAUCAACAAACACAAUUGACGCGAUCCUGCAAGCCUCUACAUCAUACGCCUCGCCCCCUCCUUAUUACAGCGUUGUCGACGUCGGGGGCCAACAGUCGAACCAGCCAAACGGCAGUACCAACAACCCACCAGGCUUCCCGGCGCCUCUCAAGUUGAUUCCUUCGUCCACGCAAAUGUCCAUGAUGUCUGACAGCCCAUUGACCGGGAAUCCAAGGGACUCUGCGUUUCCUGGUGGCCGUUCAAGGCUGCGUCCUCCUGGUCCUGCAGGCCCGAGACGUCCCACCGGCUUGCAGCAAAGCAUAUCGUCACCCAUUGUCGGAUCGUCUACUGGAACCUCAAACAUACGGGAGCGAUCAGGAUCUCAAGCUUCUCUUUCCACUCUUUCCAGCCUCCAAUCAUCGACUCGUCAUAACAGCACGAGAAGAGUAGCAUCCUCCUCGACGGCCCCUGUAGCACCCGUGUCUCCGAGAUUCCAGCCUCCAGCCGUGAAAUGGAAAGGCUACACGCUGGAGGUCGCCAAGUGGACCUUCAGCUCAGCGCAACUGCAAGAGAUUGUGUCCCGAGCAAUCCGCGACUCAGCUCUGUCCUCGUCCAUCCGCCUUCUCAAACUCGAAAGUGUCAAUGACGAGAUCCCGGACGAACUGCACCGACUGGAAAUGCUUAGGACAGAUAUCAAGGCCAAAUACAAAGCCUUGACGCGUAGGAGGACCGGACUCUUUGAAGCUCUGACUCUUCACGUUACGGGGGCGACCGGCCUGGGUGAAGCGGGCUCCCCAUUUGCGAUGAAGAUAACGGAGGAGCUGAAGGAGCUGUCCCUCAGACUAGACGCAUUGGCAGAAGAGCUUCAUACCACAGACGAACAGAUAGCUCAACUGAAUUCUUUGCUUCAAGUCCACUCCGCAAGCGCCCUGUCUGUGGCGCUCAGGAAGCUCAACGGCAGCCUUAUGAAGCAGAAAGAAGAAAAUGACUUCCUUCGGCAACAAAACAUCGCGCUCGAGCAAGAAAGGGACGAGGCCUGGGUUCAAGCACAACAAUUGGCGGACGAGUACGACUCCAACUUCAGCGACAAGGACGCAUCCUCCAGGCGCUCUAGCCGUGUCUCCGCUAGGCGGAAAUCUAGUGUUAGGCUAUCAAGAGCUGGGCUGCGUUCUGGAAGUCGUCGACAAAGCGCUCGGUCAUCCGUCGCUAGCAGUGCCUAUGGCGGACUCCCGUACUUACAACCGACACCGGUUACAUCGCGUCACGAUGUUCCUCCCAUGCCGCCCUUGCCAGACUUCCCUAGGCGCCGUCCUGACGUUCUGACCAUUUAUGAACCUCCUCUUCGAAGCUCUGGUGCCCUCUCUGCUAACGACAUGACGCCCGACUCCGAAACUCGAGAAAUGGUUCAGGUUCAGGAAGAGCUAUACAGCAUGCUGGGCAUAACAUCACCUCUGUCGGCAAGAUUGAAACGGUCGCAUUCGAUGUUGAGCGGUCUUCCCAGUGCAGGCCUGUCACCACCUCCAAUGUCAGCUCGGUUUGCCCAGUCUUCAUUCAGACAGCGAAGGUCGUCGCUACCCGGAGGCGCAGCCCUUGUCGAGGCGCACCAUGCUCGAGAUGCUGAUCACCACGCGGUUCUGGCCACCUUUGCCACACUCCCUGCUGAGCUCUGA